CACAGAGCACUGGUAUUUCUGUAAAGGCUUUUUGAACGCUAUUAUUGGAAAUAUUUUGUUCGCAGGAUUUUGAUCUUUUCAUGCUUCCACGUUAAGAUAUGGUGCUAUAUUAAUAUCCAUUUUUACAAGAAAGGAGACCAAAAGGAAGAAGAAAUGAAAUUUUCAGCUACCUACUUAGAGAAGGAUUAUAUUUCGAGAAAAUAUUCUGAUUGACUGGCAAUUUAUUAUCACUUUGAUAGCUCUACUCGGAGAAUGGCAUUUUACCGAUUUGUACACAGAAAAUAUUACUAAAUAAAGAGUGACUUAUUUUCAAUUUAUUUUCUUUGACAACAAGAAGGCCCCUUGACAUGAAAUUAGCGUUGAUUGGCAAAAGUCUAGAAGCAGUAUAAGCUGGAUCAAGAUGACAUUGAAACGGACAAUCAAUUUGUUGAUUGCGUCUCAAGAGGAAACAACAUGGAAGUAUUUAAUAAGAAAUACAAACGGAAUGUAUUAAAUGAGUUUUGAAUCGACAGGAGAAGUAAAUGCAAUAUUUAGAUAUUUCAAAUUCAGUAAUUUAAAAACUUGCAUCAUUCAUCAGAGUUUGUAAUUUUAUUCUAAUAAACGAAAAAAAUGUCUCAAUAUAUUGAAAACAGGACAAUGAAGAACGAUACAUUAAAUAAUAUUAGUAGGGUAACUCAUGGUGAUGAUGAUACUUCUACGAAUAUUGCAAUAGGGAUAUAUAGUACAAUUUUCAUCCUAGCAGUGAUUGGAAAUGGUCUUGUUAUUUUGACAUUGGUGCAAAAUAAAAGAAUGAGGACAGUGACUAACGUAUUCCUGUUGAACUUAGCAAUCAGUGACCUUCUCCUUGCAGUUUUCUGUAUGCCUUUCACUCUCGUACCAAUUAUGAUUAGAAACUUUAUAUUCGGACCAUUUAUGUGCAUAACCAUACGAUACGCACAAGGUGUGUCAGUUGGUGCAAGCUGUUUUACACUUGUUGCCAUAUCGCUGGAGCGUUAUUUUGCAAUUUGCCGACCGCUUCGUUCACGACAAUGGCAGACUUUAUCCCAUGCCUAUAAAAUAAUUGCAGUUUGCUGGGUAUUUGCAUUGAUUAUAGUUAUUCCAAUAGCAGUUUCAACUCGAUAUAUUCGCAUCAGACCUGGAUUGAAUGCAUGUCGGGAAGACUGGGCAAAUGAGGACUUAGAAAAGGCAUAUACAGUAUUCCUUGAUGUAAUACUUCUAUUUAUACCACUUUGUUUAAUGACUGGUGCUUAUACAAAGAUUAUGGCUACGCUUUGUGCUGGAAUCAGCAUGGAUGACCCUGCUGAAUGUAGCAAAGGAUAUAGCAAUGGUGGUGUUUCAAAAUCGUCCUUAAUGGUGACAUUGAAAUACAGAGGUUCUACGCGAACAAGCUUAUUAAAGAACGAAAAUGCUCAAAACUUUAGUAGAAAUGGUGAAAGGAAUUAUCUUGCUAUACAAAUGAAGGAAAUUAGUCCAUGUAGUAGUGAGGAAUCAACACCCAAAAGAACAAAAUUGGAUCAAACGCGAAUUAUACGACAAUCUAAUCAAGAAAAAAGCCGGGAAGCAAAACUACGUGUAGUCAGGAUGUUAUUUGUCCUGGUGAUUGAGUUUUUUGUCUGCUGGUCUCCUUUAUACACUGUGCAAACCUGGAAAAGUUUUCACCAUGAAAGUAUCAGAGACAAUAUAUCUAGUUUUGUAUGGUCAUUUAUGUUUGUCUUAUCCUAUCUGUCAUCAUGCUGUAACCCUAUAACAUAUUGUUUCAUGAACAGACGCUUUCGCCAGUCAUUUAUUGCUGCUUUUAAGCGUUGCAUAUGCUGUAAACAAAAGUCGAGAGGUUAUUUAUAUAACACAAACUACACAAGCACAAGACGAUUGACGUGGGCGGAUACACAAAAGGUUGAGGAGACUGAAUUAAGUUCAAACGACAAAUCUAAGUCCUAAGUCGUAGAUACCAAACUAUUUUGUCAUAUUUACGUUUAUCUUAGUGAAAUAAUGACUUACGUUUAAAAUGAUACUAUAUAAAUGUGUAAACAAUCUUGAUAUAAUUGUGUAUUAAAAUACUAGUAAUGCAGCAAGCCUGGCUAUCACAUACUGUCAUUAUGCUAUCAAAUUAUGCUAUCAAAACUCAUGUAUAUAUUUCUUUAAAUAAGUGCUAAACCUAAAGCACUAUUGCCAUUUAUACAAGAGCUUGAAUCAACUUUAAUUAUUGAUUAAUAAA